AUGGCGAAGCCUAAAGCCAAAGCUAAGACCGAUCCCAAACGCAAAGCCGACGUCGAUUCAAAUGGAUCUGACACUGAGUAUACUACCAAAGUUUACAUUAGUAGCCGUGAAUUAGAGCUUACAAGUGAAUACAACCUUCUUACGGGACCUGCAGACGAGCUCCUCGACCCAGAGCGGCGCAAGAUCAUUGCCCAGCUGUCCGUCUAUAUCGGACAUCAGAACCUCCCUUCAACAGGAUGGGCCCUCCUUUGGUUUGCAGAUCUGGCCAUCCUGAAGGAGCAUCUCAAAAACUGUGGAGAGUUGCGGAUGGGUCCGCAGAAUCAGCACGGAAGGGUCGGCGUAGAAGCUCAAUUGCUUCUGAAGAGGGCGCUGUCGAUCAGCGAGGAUCAGAAGGUUCUCAAGGUGAAGUUCUACUGGAUGCCGAUAAACAAGUUGUCGGACGCUAUGUCGUCCAGAGAAGUCCCGAGUCCUUUCCCUGAUGGCUGCCUGUCCUCGAUUAAGGUGGAAGGCAAACUCAAUGCAAAGCUAUUCAAUAUUAACACCGAGAAAGCCCUGCGCUCCGGAGACGUUCUUACAUUCAAGACCGACGACCCAGUCGGCCAUCCCCUCCCAUCGAUGGAGCUGCUCAAUAUGCAAUGGGCUCUCCAUCGAGUUCUUGCUCUAAGUGGUGCCGCCGAUGCAACCGAUGAAGAACUUGACCCCCCGGACCCCGAUUGGCUACAGGUCGAAGCCACUGAUGAAGACAAUGAGGAAGAAGUAGAGAGUGAAACGGAGGAAGACGACCCUGAGGAAGAAUCGUGGGAUGAAAUGGUCGUGGAGAGCCACCGAUUAAACUUCCCGAGCUGUGAAAAUCGUCCGGCGUCCACUCUACCCAGAUCCAGACAUGAUGACCACAAGGAUCAAGAGGAGCAGGCGGAGCCGGCGGACGCAGAAAGUUCCCCUGCUUUGGGAUUCCGGGACACUAAUAUUCAUUAG